AUGGAUGAAAGCAAGUUUGUUGAAGAAACAAAAUUUAGUGGUUCUUCAAUUUUUGAUAUAAUAAUUAAUCCAACUUUUGCACUUGAGACAACAAUAAAUUAUGUCGAAUUAAUAAACAACAACCUCAAAGUAGUUGAUGGAAUUAAUUAUCAGGAUGGAACAAUUUUAUUAAGAUUGUUGGAUCCUUUAAAAUACUGUAAUGAGAGUACAAUCUAUUUACGAUUAGUCCAUACAAAUAGAACCAUUACAACUUUAGAUUUAAAUAAUUUGAAUAUUCCACGUGAAAAUUUUUGCUACAACCCUACAUUGGUUGCUAAUAGUAAACAAAGCAGUGGUAGCAGUAGUGGUGAUAGCAUUACAAUAAAUGCUAUAGCUUAUAAAUAUAUAUUAAUAAAUUAUUUUUGUGAUCAUUCCAUUUCUAAUAAAGUUUGUGGUGAUGUCAUUACUUGGACUGGUGAAUUAGCAAGUACAAUUGAAUUUGAGAAUGUAUGCAAUGACAGUAGAAUUAUUCAAAGCCAUAAAAAAGAUGAUGGAUUUUUACGUGUGUGUUAUGUUGAAGAUGAAAAAGAAAUCAUUUGGACAAAAUACAGCGUACCAAACAUUGCUACUGGUACAAUAAUAGAAACUUCUACUGGAAAAUUAACAGAUAUAUCCAACUUUAACCCAAACAUUACAAAUUUCUUUUCAAGAGAAGAUGGAAAUUAUGCAAUGGUAACUUGUACAACUAGCACAAAAACAACUACUGAUAGCAAUCAAUUUACUGGAGAUUGGGCAAUUUCUGUAACAUUUUUAUCCGUUGACGAUAAUCCGCAACAAACAGGCCCUUUUGAGUUAUAUAAAACCAAAACAAGUGGUAGUGGUUUGAUUGAUAUUGUUAAUAUUCAUAGGUGUGAUCUUGCCUAUUACUUUUCAGGAUACAGUUGUCUGAUCACAAUUGUUAGAUCGACAAACAUAUCAUUUAUAGAUAUUGAUUUCACAUCUUCGGGUAAAUUGAAUUCAUUAACACCAGAAUUUUCAAUUGCCCAAAUUUCCAAUACAACAACAACAAUAUGGGAUGUUCAACCAUUGUAUUAUGGCGGGUAUGUUAUUUUAGUAGAGGCUGCUCCAACUGGUAAUGUUGAAGGACAUAUUUGUAGUAAUAAUGGCACUUAUUUUGGAAAUUGGGGCUUCUCAGGCCAAUAUGAAUACACCAAUAAAAUUGCAGGAGUUCUACCUGACAAUACACUAUGGACAAUACCUAAACAACCAACUGGAAAUUGCUCUUGGGCAUGUUUAUUGACUGAUACUUUAACCACUUAUAGUACAGUUCAGAGUAAUAAUAAUUUUAGUUUUAGUAUUAUCGGUAAAUUUCCUGGUGGUCCUGGAGGUUAUGGAUCUGACAGUAUAUUGUCAACGAUACCAGAAAAAAAUUCAAGCAUAAUAACUGCAAACACUGAUUCAUUCACAAUAUCUUAUACUAAACCAGUUACAAAAUCUUCAGGAAACAUUAAUAUUUACCAAAUACGUUCUAGCACAGACACUAGUAUUAAUAACAGUGAUGAUUAUUAUGAUGAGAGUGAAGAUGUAUUGCGUCAAUCAUGCUCUGGCCAAUCUGAUUAUGUUCAAAUCUUAGGAACUGAAGGGAGCAUUGUUCAAGUUAAAGUUUUAAAAAGUACCUUGAAUAAUCCUGGAAGUGAUUAUUAUGUGACUAUUGAAGAUGAUUUUGUUAAAGAUUCUGCAACUAAUCAAAGUAUUUUUGGCAUAAAACCAAAAAUAUGGAGUUUUAGUACAGUUGUAGUCAGGGAUGAAUUGUAUGUCAAUUAUGAUUCAAGUUCUGUCAGCUGUAUAAUCCGAUUAACACCAGAAGGUACAACAUAUUACAUAUCAUUAUCAAAAAAUGAUCAAUUGGAUUUUGUUGGUAAAUUGUCAAAUGAAUUAUCCAAUGCACUUCCAUGUGAUGCAACACCUAGUUCAACUGAUCAAAUAUUUAUGAGAGUCAAUAUCGAGGGAACAUUGUCAAGAACAGAGUUGAGUGCAAUACAAUUAUCAAGCGAUUUGAAUGAAUUGAUAAUAAAUAAAAAUGUUACGUUGUUAUCUAAAGGAUUAUACACUAAUUUGAUUGACUCUGGCUAUGGGGCUGAACGAAUAGCCAUGGGAACUCGUAAAUAUAAAUUGGCACAAAACCUUUUGGCAAUUACUAUGUUUAUAUUUAUCACAAUAGAUUUUUGCUUGGAUAUUGCUUUUGUAUCUAUACAUGGAAAAGAUUUCAAAUGGUUAUAUCUUCCAAGAACAGAAGCGUCGGAAACUUCCGACACACCAACAACUUCUUCAUACUCUUCUUCUUUUACCUCAAGAGAAAAAUUAUUGACAUCCUUUAAUAGUUAUAAUAAAUUGAUAUUGAUUGGUAGAAUGUUUAGCUUUAUGGUCGAAGAUACUAUAAUACCAAUGUUAUCCUUUAGUGCAGCUACAACUGUAUUGAUACUUAAGGCAAUGCUUAUUAUUCUUGGAAUAUAUUUGAGUUUAUUUUAUAAAAGUAAACGAAUGAGAAGAAGAUCUAAGAGAAGAAGAAGGAAAACAGCAGAUAGUUUUGGUAGUAUCAUCGUUGAUAGUAGCGAUCGUGAUGAAUACGAUGAUCGAAAAUCAGUUCUUGAUAACGUAAAAGAAAAAAAUGGUAGCGGUAGAAGAAAGAAAAGCUCUAGUAUGAGUAGAAAGGGUAGCAAAGAUAUAUAUGAUGAUACUUAUAGCAGUUCCGGGGGGAAGAAAAAGAGAAAUAAUAAAAGUAGUAAUGAAGAAAGAAGAUCGGCGUUAUCAAUGUUUGAUGUUGAUGACGAUAAUAAAAAAUCUACUAAAUCAAGAUCCGUCAAUAAGGAAAAGAACAUUGCCCCCGUCGUCACUGACAAUAUUGAUGAUACUAAUGAUUCCAAUGUAUUAUUUUCAUCAUCACCAAUAUUAUCGGAUACACAGGCACCUAAUAUCGACAAUGAUCCAAAAAGUGAUGAAUUAAAAGCAGCAAUUGGCAAGAACAUUGAUGAUAACGAUAGCAGUGAUUCUCAGAAACCUGAAAAUGAUGAUUAUGGAAAACAAGAUGAAUCUGCUUCAAUUUAUAAAAACAUCACAAGUGGAAUAUUAGAAACUGAUAAAGUUGACACAUCAUCAACAGGAGCUGUUGUAUCUUCAUCACUAACUGAUGCAUCAGCAUCUGAAAUACAUGCUUCAUCAUCGGUUAUUAAUAAAAGAGAUGUAAUUUCAUUAAUUGAUUCAAAUAAUUCAAAUAGUAUCUACCGUUACGAAUAUUUGAAACUCGAAAAAACUCGAACAGAAAUCACAACAGGAUUCAUCAACAUUGUUUCACAAAAAAUGACUUAUUUUCAACAAGACACGAAAAUGGAUUUGGAUCAAAAUCCUAUCAUGGUAUUGAGUGAAAUUCGUAAAGUAAUUCCUAUCGAACUGCAAGAAUACUUGAACAUUUUUGAAGAUUUAUAUGAUCGCAAGUUAUGGCAUCAACUCACCUUAAAGAUGGAGGAAUUCUUUUCAGAACAAGACUCAGGCCCCUUUCAAAUACCUUUGUUUAGAUAUUUCAUAUCAGAUUGGGAGAACAAGAUGAAUAAACUUAAACUUGUGACAUUGGGGUUGAGUGUUUUGAAACAAUUCGGCGAUUAUAAUCAGGCCUUGGAAUUUUUAACAUCGCUUGUUGAAAAGGUCAAUUCACCCGAAACACAUGAUGCAUAUGUUCUUGCUGUAAUGGAAACUGCUUAUAUAAAAUUGAUGUUAAAUGAUCUUGAAGGCACAAAAUCGGCAAUAGACGAAUGUGAGAAAAUUCUCGAUUCAUUUGAUUCUGUAGAAACCAUUAUACAUGCAAGUUAUUAUCGUGUCUGUGCCGAAUUUUAUAAGGUAAAAGCGGAAUAUGCAGAAUAUUAUAAAAGUGCUUUACUCUAUUUGGCAUGUAUUCAACUCGAUGAUUUAAAACCCGAGGAAAAAGUUCAGAGAGCAUAUUUAUUAGCAAUCAGUGCACUUUUAAGUGAUUCAAUUUAUAAUUUUGGAGAAUUGAAAGUUCAUCCAAUUUUGAAUUCACUAGAAAACACAACUUAUGAAUGGCUGAAAAACUUAUUAAUUGCAUUUAAUGCUGGAGACAUAGGAAAAUUUGAAAUGUUGUCAGUUAAUUUUUCACAAGAGCCAUUGUUACAAGAAAAAAAUCAAUUUUUACGUCAAAAAAUUUGUUUGAUGUCAUUGAUUGAAGCAGUGUUUAAAAGAAAUUCUGAUAAUAGAACAAUUCCAUUUGGAACUAUUGCUUCUGAAAUUAGAUUACCUAUAGAACAAGUUGAAUAUCUUGUAAUGAAAGCUCUUUCACUUAAAUUAAUUCGUGGUUCAAUUGAUCAAGUGGGCGAAGUAGUUGUAGUGACAUGGGUCCAACCACGUGCUUUGGAAUUAGAACAAAUUGAUAAUAUGAGACAAAGAUUACAAGAAUGGGAUGAAAAUGUAAAGAAAACAGCUUUAGCUGUGGAAAAUGAAACACCAGAAUUAUUUUUAACAUUAGUGUUUUAA